AUGUCCUCAGAAAACAGUAACGUCAGGCCAGCGAAGGAGGAGGAUGAUUUUAAAUAUAACCCUGAGCUCAACUACCCCAUGGUCAAGCUGGCUGACCUACCCGAGCCCCCCAAGAAUUGGCGAGUCUGUGGCCGAACAGCAGAAGAAGCUUCUAAAGCUCGAAAAGCAACCAGCGAGGAAGCUAAAAAGUGGGUUAGAUACCACAGUUGGGGCAUCGACAUGGGCGUGAAGGGCGACUUGACCAAUCUCAGAUGUUUCAAAGUCCUGUGGAAGCUCUUCUACUACCAGCAGGACAAACAUCGACCUCAAGAUUUCGACCAGAUAAAAGACUUUAAGACAAGAGAUGCUGGUCCUCGGCUGUUGCAAUGCUCGGUGGAUGUCCCUGAUCUCCUUCCCAUAAGCAGGUAUUACCCUCACCCACCCCCUGCCACCAGACUUCCGGCAGAAGGGUUCCACAGGCCUCUCGAUGCUCUAGUGAGCAGGCCAGAUAGUCACAUAGAACAGAUGCUGUAUCCAGUAUUUGGUGCCCCGAAGGAAAUCGACAAAUUUCCCGAAGAGAUCGAGACACCUACCGCUCAGACCACGGGCAAUAGCACGGGCAACAGAAACCAACACAAAAUGCGUCUUCCCAAAGCUAUGGCUCGAGCUGUGACGGAGGCCAUUGAACGCACUGUAAUGCAAUUCGCCUAUGACGAGCUCGCGCGAGAUUGCAGCGCUGUUGCUCAGGAUGGUCAGGUACACCUAACUGCGGUGGCGGAAGAAGAUCUACGGCAAGCCAAUAUCGGGUCCUUUCCCGCUACAUCCCAUGUGAAACUCGCUGUGGAUCUUGACAAUAACGAUAGACUAGUGUUCAGUGCGGACGGCGAUAAAUACCCUUACAGAGGCCGCGGACCCGUGUACCGCAACAAUUCUUCUGCCAUCGACAGUAUCGUUGUCGUCGGUAAGUUGCUCGACGCCGGAUCUACCGUACUGGACCGCAAAGAUCCCGAAUGGCGCAGGCGCUUCACCAAUGUGGAAAAGGCUUUUAUUGAAGCCACUGAUGUCAAUUGGGAUCUCUGCUCAAGAGGUGAUUCUCGAGAUCGUUUCUGGGCAGUGAUGGCAGCGGAGACCGAAAAUGUCGGAGUGGGUAUACAAUCUCCUCUCCUUGACAUGUGGAAUGUGUCAACAGAACACUUCAAUCAGUUCUUGUUCACAUAUGAUGAGCAGACUAUGUUCUGCUCCCCGUGCACGAACAGGACUACGAAUGCUGCGUACCAGAGCGCGACUGUGGCGCCGCCUACAUGCCCGGAAGACAUGAAGGGAGUAUCGAUGCAACAAUUGAUAUCCCGUUCAUUUGCAUCGGAAUACAUCAGCCGCUGCGGCAAAUGCCAAGAUAAAGCCGUGAAGUGUCGGAGAAUACUGCAUGGCCUACCGAUGCGCCUGACUGUAACUCUUGAUGGCAGUGUGCCCGUCAAGAAACACACCCGAGAUAUAUCCUUCGACUAUAUCACGAACAAUGGCCAACGAGGAACAGCAGCAUACCGCUGGCUAGGCGGGAUAUACUGUAAGGACGACCAUUACCGGGUCUACUGGAAUGACACUAAGCGAGGCGAAGUCGAUACAGGCCAAAUCCAGAUGUAUGACAGUGCCAUGCUUUCGGGCAUCAUUGUCGGAGGUAUCUCCCAAACACACAGGGACGACAAAGUACCCGAGGCUUGGUGGAAGAACAAGCCUGUGCCGCUCCUUGUAUAUGAACGUAUCAUGAAUCCAGAUGACGAGGUCCUCAAUGUGGCCUUGCACACGUUAGGUGACAUGGUCAAAGUCAGAAACCAGCAGAAAUUGCUCCUUCAGGGGCAUAUUUCCUGGACCCCCUCGGAUCCCUCAAGAGCGCCGGCGGGUUUUCCGUGGAGGCGACUCAUCGACCGAAAAGAAGAUCGCUUUCAUCUGGUCUCAGGUGCUUAUGACCCAAAAUGCCAAGACCAGAUAUCGACGGAGCCUUCAGGUAUUGAUCGCCAUACCAACAUUCCCGGCCCAUCCUCAGCUGGCCCGUCGAGGAUAGAUGACGGGUACUUGACGUCUUCAGCACCCACACCCGCCCCCGCACCACAACCGCAGCCUGAGAUAGGGAGAAUAUCGCCCUCGUUGUUUGAUGCUCCGACUGCUUCUAUGUUUGCCGAAAUAUCACCUCUCCUCGCACUUGCUAAGACCCCUUCAUUGUCGGGUCUAGAGUCUAUUAUAGAGGACACCGCGCUGAUCAAUGAACAACUCAACGGACUGCAUCAAGGACAUUAUAGCGCACAGAAUAACGUACAAAACAAUGCACAAUCUGGUACACAGUCCAGCUCGCAGCUUCAGGCGCAGUAUAACAUACAGCAGACUCCGCAGUCGAGUGGACAGCAACAUAGCCAGCUUCAUGGGCAAUACAACAACACACAGGCGAAUACGCAGCACCAGAAACCGUAUAACGCACCUCACGUUACACAGACUAAUACGCGGCAACCAAACGGUUAUAACGCACAGCAUCCGACGCAGUACAAUAGGCAAUAUAGUAUACAGCCAAGUACACAUCCUCACGAACCGCAUAGCACACUAAGCGAUACAUCAUUUGACCUACAGGACAUGAUACAUGACAGACUUCUGCAAGAUUGGACUACUGGAGGCAUCGACAACCUCGGUAAUACAGCGUUCGGUUUUCCAGAGCUCAACAGCGGUGUAUUUGUCCCACCAAAGCCGAAUCACGCUAACAGUACGAACAGCGCUCAAGCUCCCGUCGAGAAUAACUUCAACUAUUCUCAUCAGAACAGCAACCAUGGACCCUCAAUGCCACAGUAUAUUGAUCCUAGCGUCUUGACUGCAGCUCCGCAGAAUUCAUCAUCGCUACCACAGCAGGUUCAGCCGAGGCCUAUGGACGGUCGAAGGCCUCCGUCGCAAGUUGCACCUGCAGCGGGUGCUCGAUGGCACAGCCACAGGAAUGUAGUAGCUAGCCCCUACAUGUCAGCGAACCAGAUACCGCGAGGGCUAAAAAGAAAAAGGGCCAACGAGGCAGAAGCACGGCGGUAUCCGCCGAAUCUGCGUUGA